CGGGGGCGGGGCAGCUGCGCAAUGUGACCCAGAUCCGCUCCCAGCAGCCGCUCAACCUCUCUCCCUUCCUCCAGCCGCUGUGGAGGGGGCUGCGGUCCCGGUGCAGCUGCCCAGCCAAGCACAUUGCCGCGCUCGGAGCCGGCGCUGCCCCUGGAUCUGAGUCCUUGGCCCUUCCCUGAGCGCUGCUCCCCGGCAGGACCUCGCUGUGCAGGAAUCCUGGAGCCCGGCGGCAUGUGGCUCUCUCUGCUCCUCCUCAGCCACGGCAUUCUUCAUAAUUGCUGUGAAGCAUACAACGUUGGGCUCCCAGAAGCAAAAUUGUUUUCUGGUCCUUCAAGUGAGCAGUUUGGAUAUGCAGUUCAACAGUUUAUAAAUCAUCAAGGCAAAUGGCUGCUUGUUGGCUCGCCAUGGAGUGGGUAUCCAGCUAACAGAAUGGGAGAUAUCUACACAUGUCCUGUUGAUUCACUUGAAACCACAUGUCAAAAACUGAAUUUACAAACUUUAACACGCAUCCCAAAUGUUACUGAGAUAAAGGAACAGAUGAACCUUGGCUUGACACUAAUAAGAAACUCAAGAACUGGAGGAUUUUUGACUUGUGGUCCCUUGUGGGCCCAGCAGUGUGGAAGUCAGUACUAUGCAACAGGAGUCUGUUCUGAAAUCAGUCCCAGUUUCCAGAUCUUAAGAAGCUUUUCACCUGCUCUUCAAAACUGUUCCUCCUUCAUAGAUGUUGUUGUUGUGUGUGAUGAGUCAAACAGCAUUUAUCCCUGGACUGCAGUGAGUGCGUUUUUGACAAAAUUUGUCCAAGGCUUAGAUAUAGGCCCCACAAAAACUCAGGUGGGUUUAAUUCAGUAUGGUAAUGAUCCAAGAGUAGUGUUCAACUUGAAUACCUACAAAACAAAAGAUGAUGUUGUUAAAGCAACGUCACAGACCUUUCAAAAAGGUGGAGACUUGACUAAUACUUUCAGAGCAAUUGACUAUGCAAGACGUCAUGCUUUUUCCACUGAAUCUGGUGGACGGCCCACAGCCACAAAAGUAAUGGUCGUUGUGACGGAUGGUGAAUCACACGAUGGCUCAAGUUUGCAAGAAGUGAUAACUAAAUGCAAUGAGGACAAAAUAACCAGAUUUGGCAUAGCUGUUUUGGGUUACUUAAUCAGAAAUGAACUUGAUACUAAAAAUUUAAUUAAAGAAAUCAAAGGAAUUGCGAGUCUUCCAACAGAAAAGUAUUUUUUUAACGUGUCAUCUGAGGCUGCACUAUUGGAAGAAGCAGGAACACUGGGAGAACGCAUAUUUAGCAUAGAAGGUACAGAUCAAGGUGAUACAUUCCAAAUGGAAAUGUCCCAAGUGGGCUUCAGUGCUUAUUACUCACAAAAAAAGGAUGUUCUGAUGUUGGGUGCUGUUGGGGCUUAUGAUUGGAGUGGGACUGUAGUCCAGGAGACCUCAAACCACGUGACUACUUUCCGUAAUGAAGCAUUUGAAAAAAUUCUACAGGACAGAAACCAUAGCUCUUAUUUAGGUUAUUCUGUUGCUGUUAUCUCAACCCAGAACACUGUCUAUUUUGUUGCUGGUGCGCCAAGAUCAAACUACACUGGCAGAGUAGUGGUUUAUGACAUCGACAGCCAUGGCAGAAUCACAGUUGUUCAGUCCCAGAGAGGGGAUCAGAUUGGCUCCUACUUUGGCAGUGUGGUGUGUGCAGUGGAUGUUAACAGAGAUUCAGUUACAGAUGUGCUGCUAGUAGGGGCACCAAUGUUCAUGAAUGAGCUAAAGAAAGAAGAGGGACGAGUUUAUAUGUUUUUCAUCACAAAGGGAAUUUUGGAUCAACAAGAACUCUUAGAAGGUCCACAAGGGUUAGAAAAUGCUCGGUUUGGAUCUGCUAUGGCGACUCAUUCAGAUAUUGAUUUGGAUGGUUUUAAUGAUGUGAUAAUAGGUGCACCCUUAGAAAAUCAGAACUCUGGAGCAGUUUACAUUUACAAUGGCAAUAUAAGAACUAUACGUACCAAAUAUUCACAGAAAAUUUUAGGCUCAAACUCUGCUUUUGGACAGCAACUCCAGUACUUUGGAAGAUCAAUAGAUGGCCAUAAAGACUUAAAUGGUGAUGGCAUUACUGAUGUAUCUGUUGGUGCCGAUGGAAAUGUGAUUCAACUCUGGUCACAAAGUAUUGCAAAUAUGUCCAUAAGAGCCUCAUUUGUACCUGAGAGAAUCAGUCUGCUGAAUAAGAACACUGAGAUAGCCGUCAAAAUAUGUUUCAGUGCCAAGUUUAGACCUGCUAAUAGAAACGACCAAGUGGAUAUCCGGUACAAUGCAACACUGGAUGCUGAUCUCCAGUCAUCGAGAGUGACUUCUAGAGGAUUAUUCAAAGAAAACAAUGAGCGAUAUAUGCAGAAAAAUCUUGUUGUAAAUUCUGCAGAGACCUGUGUUGAGCACAUCUUUAAUGUACAGGAGCCUUCUGAUGCUGUAAACGCCCUUAGUCUGCGCAUUGAUAUUAGCCUCAAGAAUCCUGGCUCCAGUCCUGUCCUUGAUAUAUAUUCGCCUGCCACUGUAGCCUACAGCAUCCCUUUUAUUAAAGACUGUGGUGAGGAUGAACUCUGCAUUUCUGAUCUUGUUCUUGAGGUUCAACAGAAAACAGAUGAUGGCAAACGGCCCUUUAUUGUCAGCAGUAAGAAAAGAAGGCUAACAUUCAGUGUGAAGCUGAGAAAUAAAAAGGAAAAUGCCUACAACACCAGAAUCCAGGCUACAUCAGAAAACUUGUUUUUUGCUUCAUCUUCUUUACCAGCUGAUGGGACUGAAGUCUCAUGUCAGAUGGGCACUGGCCAUAAAUCAGUCAUUUGCCAAGUCAGCUAUCCUGUUUUUAAAGUGGGACAACAGGUAUAUUUCGAUAUUAAUUUUGACUUUAAUCUCAAAAAUCUUCAGGAUAUGGCAAAUAUAAGUUUUCAUGCUUUGAGUGAAAGUAAUGAAGAGCAAGAAGCAGACAACCAGGUCUACCUGUCAGUUCCUCUUCAGUAUGAUGCAGAAAUUCACUUAACAAGGUUUACAAGCAUAAAUUUCUAUGAAGUAUAUUCUGAUCGUAGUAUUCCUUCCACUGUGAAUAAUUUUGAAGAGAUUGGUCCUGCAUUCAAUUUUUCAGUGAAGAUUACAACGGGAAGCAUUCAAGUAAAGGUGGCUUCUGUAAAAAUCCAUUUUCCACAGUUGACUAAAGGAAACAAUCCUCUGAUGUAUCUAACUGAACUGGAUACAGAUCAGGCUCAAGGUGUCAGUUGUGAUGCAAAGAUUAAUCCUUUGCGAAUAGGAAAAACAUCUUAUUCUGCAUCUUUCAAGGAAGAAAACUUCAGAGUUGCAAAAGAACUAAACUGUAAGAACACGCACUGUAAUACAAUUACAUGCAGGUUGAAAGACCUCACACUGAAAGGAGAGUAUUUUGUAAACGUGUCUACCAGAAUCUGGAAUGGGACCUUUGCAGCUUCAACUUUCCAGAUGUUACAGCUGACAGCAGAUGCAGAAAUUGAUACACAUAACCCAGAAUUAUUUGUAAUUGGAGAGAAUACCCUAUCUAUCCCAGUGACAAUAAUGAAGCCUGAGGAGAAAGCGGAGGUACCAAUCGGAGUUGUGAUAGGAAGUAUACUGGCAGGAUUCCUACUGCUGUUAGCAUUGGUUGCUGUUUUAUGGAAGCUUGGCUUCUUCAAGAGAAAAUAUGAAAAAAUGACAAAGGAUGUAGAAGAUAUUGAUGAAAUUACAGAACUCACAAAGGACAAAGAUUGAAGACAACAGUGAUGGGAAUACAGAAUUAACCCUCUGAGCCACAAACAAUGGCUGUGGUCCAAUCAGAUCUUCAGCUGGAGUGCCUUAAAGUUCAGUAACUCUUAAACUUGUUUUUUAAUGAAUGAAAAUGUUUUUUUAUGGGUGAAAAUAUUUUACAGAUUCUUCUGUAUUGAAAGAGUAACUGCAGGUCAGUUUUGUUUUGUUUUUUCCACAGAUGAUUUAUAGUAUAUUUUCUUGUAUAUUUUUUUCCUUGCAAGCAAAUUAGCCCUUGGAUCGGGAAGGUCUGGCAUAUACAGUAAUACCUUUUGGCAGAAAUCCCACUCCUGUUCCACAAAGAGCAAAAUAGAGUAACUUUUUUCAGAUUGUUUUGGAACAAUAUCAAUCCAAGUUAAUAGGCUCCUGGUAAAAAUGAUUUUUUCUACUAAGUGAUCUAGAUGAAAUCAUUGCAGGAUGAAUAUUGAUACCGGACAUGGAAAAGAAAAGCUCAGUUUGCUGCUUAUUAGCUUAAUUUGAUUGCCUUGGAGAACUGACUCACAUUUCCGAUCAAAUCAGAGUCUUAACUAAUCCAUAACAUUACAGGUUGUAUAUAUUAUAAAAUGGGCAAUGCAUCCUGAUUUGGGAAUGAAGAUUCCAGACUAUGUCCUAAUACAGGAUGUCUGGAUAGGUAUACCAUACCGAAGUACACCACCAUAUUCCUUUCACUAAGGUGACAAAAAUUAAAUUUUUUACACUGUAUGGCAUUUGGAAAGUACUUCUGAAUGAGACUUGUUCCUGCCUUAGUGCUGCCUUGAAUAUUUUAUCUCUUUUAAAGGCAGAAGAUCUGAAUUUGAAAACUCACUGUGACUUGCUGUCAUUACUAGUUGCUACUCUGACAGUUUUCAAAAUCUCAACAGUACUCCAAUGGAUUUAAAUUUUACUUCUCUGAAUGCUUGUCUUGUGGUGUUCACUAUCUAACAAGGGAGAAAACAGGCCUAUAUUUAUUAUUAAUAAAAAUACCUUUAAAUUUACCUGGCAUUUUUCUGUAGCCCAAAGAGCAAAACUGAACUGAAAACCUUUAUUUGGAUUUGUAAUCCUUACUCAUGGCAGUAAUCCCACAGACUAUGGGCAUGAGUAAGAAGAUGCAAGAUUUUGCCUUAGUUCACUAGCUGGCAAGAAGGCAGGAGUGAAAGAAAGUGUCUGGUGUAUUAUAGGGGCACAGGAAAAGCUAAGUAAUGUGCAGCUAGUGUGACAAAGAACAGUGGAAGAUCUGUUCUAUAUUGGUGCUUGUACCACUCUCAUCUUCGUAGUAUCUAAGUGCCUUUCAGUGGUGCAUUAAGCAGUGUGACUGUCACAUGCUGUUUGUUCUUAUAUAGUUAAAGAACUUUUAUAAGUAACUUAUGUUUUGUACAAUCUAAAAUUCUGUAGUACUUUUGAAAGAAAAAUUUUAAGAGUUAAAAAGGAACUCUUAUUCAGGUGGCCUUAUGUUAUGCUGUUUAAUUUACAUAACGUUUUUCUAUUUAAGUGACCUUAUGUUAUAUACCCUUUGCUUUAAAACAAAAUCUUUGAAUUUUAGGGUUGAAAAGCUAAGAAUCUCCAUGUUAAAGAAAGAGCCCACACCAGGCUUGUGGGCUGAGAUAAUUGAACUUUUGGUUGCCUCACUCUCAUGACAGGCACUUAACCUCACAACAAGCACAUCACCUGUUGUGAUAUGCUUUUCUUUACAUAUUUUUAUUAGAAAUAAGGUGGUGUCUGAUAGACAAUUAUCUGAAGGGUGUAAAAUUUUCAAAGGGACUUAAAUCCCAUUUUCAAAAGAGACUUAGGAGUUUAAGUCCUAUUGAUAUACAGUUAGCCUUUAGGCAAAGAUUUUUGAAAGUACCACUCUCUUCUAUGAAUGUGAAAAUCAAUGUGUCUAAGGCUCCUACAUCACUUAGAGCCUUUAGAAAUUUUUACCCAUAGCCUCCUAAGGGCCCAAGUCACUUUCAAAAAUUGAACUUAGGCUCCUAAAUCACUUACACACUUUUGAAAGUUUUUACCCAAAGUUGUCUUAGUCAGUAAACAGUAGCCAGCCAAGCCACCAAGUUCCCUGGCUGGCAGAGGUGCCAUUUGGAAUAACAGACUGAAAACAAUUCAGCUAUCGGGUGUGUAUUUGUUUCCUACAACAUUUUUGUAUUUGCAUAUUAUAUUUUUUCUGGUGACAUGUUAAAAGACAAUCUGGAUCUCCAAACUCAAUCGUCUGACCGAUAAAGACAGUUGCUACCAGUUGUGUUUGUGGCCAAACUCAGUUUUUAAAAAUUAAGUAGUAUUCUAAACAAUUCCUUAAAGAACAAAGUUCUGACUUGCAGUUAUAAACCCUGGGUGCAUAUGUGACCUAAGGUGGAAGAUAAAAAUUGGUCUCCUGCCUCAGUUCUAACAACUUGAAAAAAACAACUGCAUCCAUACUGUACUUGCGAAAACCUCAUACAUAAUUAAUCAUGUGCAUUCAAAGCCAGAGGAGGAAUUUAACAAUGCAGUGGAUGAUAAAAUCUUUCAUUUCUUGCACCUUUUGGUGGUGCAUGUAAUGGAACCUAGGCAGGCAGCCAGUUUUCAUUGUCAGUCACAAGCUGAAUGUUCAGAGGAGUGUAUUACAUCCAGGGUUUUAGGUGAGUUAACUCGCUGAGUAAGCAGUGAGUGAUUUACAUUCACUUGCCUUGACUGGGUUUUUCAUUAUCCCAGGUGUUAGGAUUUUUCACCUAGUCUAGAAGUAGCACUCUUCUCAAACUACAAGGAAAGCAGAGCAUAAGUAGGGUUUUGCAUCUGUCACUUAGCAAUUUAAUGUUACUAGUUUGGUGGGUUGGUUUGUUUGUGUUUGGUUGUUUUUGUUUUUUGGUAUGUGUAUUUUCUAUUACAUAAAUAGUUAGUUCCAUUUGUAAAGAGUAAUUUUAUUGCACUGUCGGGUGGGCACAGCCUCAGAAAUAAUGCUGGAAAUGUGAUGUAUAUUGUACUGUGUAUAACAGUUUGGGGUUAAGUUUUUAAAACUUUGUAAAGAUGUUAAGUUUUAUCUCCAAUGUGGUGGUUUGUGGUGCUGCGCUUUGAUUCUAAUCUUGCUUGCAACAGCAGAAGUCAGGAGUAACUCCAGUGAAAUCAAAGAGUUACACAAUGUGAAACUGGUGCAAGAUCCAAAUUAGAGUGGCUUAGGUUUAGACGAUAUGAGUAAAGUCCUUUGCAAAUCUCAAAUUAGUCUCACAGGAGACUGGACAGUGCCAAUGGGGAAUGUGAGAUAGAGAUUUAAUACAAAUGAUCAGAUUGAGGACUCGGAAUGAGAUUGUAAACUCUUCGGGGCAGAGACCAUCUGUUAUGUGCUUGUGCAGUGAUGGGCACAAUGAGGCCCUAGAGCCCCUAGGCACUACUAUAGUACAAAUGAUAAAUACUAACGCUUUGAUGUUACAUAUCUGAAUAUAGAAUAAAUAAUAAAAGCAGGGCUUUGAAGAGUGAAAAGCUCUACUAAAUGCCACUAUACAAAAGGCAGCAAAAUUUUUCUUUGCUACAGUAGCAGAAUCCUAGGGUUAUGAUAUUGCAAGGGUGCUGACAACCAGGAGUUGAGGAUACUAAGAAGCUGUGCCUCGGGCCUUACAAGUUUUAGCCACUGGUGCAGCAACACUGCUAAGCUCAGUUGUGCUGGUGUAAGUCACAGUUCACUGAUGCAGCACAUCUACAUUAAGGGGUUGCACCAGUGCAGCUAUAUCCAUGUAUCUAGUUCCCACAUACUCUCUCCCUUCUAAAAUUACAACAGGUUUUCCCUCCCAUCUUGGAGCAGUUUGUAGUCUUCCCCCUCCAAGUUGACAGUGACUUUUGAGUGAUCCUCAGACCCUCCACGCGUCUACUUUGUAUUACAGCCCAGUUUUGCACUUGAAAGAGCACCAUAUAAAAUAAAGGUAAAUAAGAUCAAACAUCACCAAAUACUAUAUAUGUUGGUUACUUUUUAUCAGGCUAACAAUUUCCCCAUUUCAUUACCUUUUAAACAUAAUGAACUGUAAAAUGAUGUUCUCAUUGAGAAAUGCAGUUAAGAUUUAAAAUCUUCUCUGGUGACAUUUCUGCCCUCUGUCUGUAUAUUUUGCACUUUGGUACAGAAUGCCAUAGCACCUAAUGUACUGGAGUGAGUUUGUUUAAUACCAAAAAUAAAGGCAGCACUGUUUAAUGUGAACAUUCAAAUCAAAACUUCUGUUAAAAAAAUGCAUAUUGUGAUGCAAACUCUUAGAUAUACCCCUGCUAAUAUCAGGCUGACAAUCUUUACAAAACUGGGUUCAAAAUAUUUAAAAGGACAUCAGUACAUUUAAAAAUCAUUUAUGUAAUUUUUUAAACCUACCAUUGGGAUAAGCAACUCCCUAAGAUUACUAUUACUAAAAGGGUUUAGAAUAAAGCCUCAAUUUUCAGAUUUUUUUAAUAUAUGCAUUUAACACAAAAAUAGUUAUCAGUUUCACUACUAUCCUUUGUGGGUCUUUCACACAACAAGAGAAAUUGGGGGCAGAUUCAAAAGGUAGGUAAAUGUGUAUGUAACACCACAAAAACUGGAACGAUAGCUACCGGAAAGAGGUAGUACUUUUAAACUCUUUUUAAAAUAAUUUCAAGUUGGCCGUGUCCCUUUAGCCAACUAGAACUGAACAUCUGUAUUCUAUUUCACAACACACACUGAAUUCAGGGAAGGUGAAUGUAGAACUGUAACUUUUAAAAAUUCCUUCUAAAAAGAUCGUUUUGAUCCCCUAUAACACUACCACCUGCAGCUGUCUCUCUACUGACAUCUACUGGAUAGAUCUUGAUCCACAUUCCUGCACCAUUCAUUACUUUAACGAUCUCCCAGCAUGCAACUGAUGGUUAAAAAUCAACCUAAACCACUUUCAAAAACAUAAUGAAAUACUAUGAGGGCCAGAGCAACACUAAAAAGUCCCUCAAAUAUUAAGCUACAAGUGAUCAUCCAGUCACAGCACAGGUUACUCUCAAAUAUUGCAAGCCAAGUGAGAAUAAUUUUCUCUAAGGGCUUCUGCCAUCAAAUCCAUUAUUUAUUUCCAUGCUGUGAUAGUUUCUUGCAUUCUACAAGUUGUUCUCUCUGCCCUUGCACUGUGCUGUAGAAAAGCCAUCUCACCACCAUACUAUCACAGACAAACAAAAGCCAUCUCACCACCAUACUAUCACAGUAUGUUGGGUACAAUGCCUGGGUUAAAGAUUUCUUUCUUGAUGACUGCAAGAGGUUGUUACAUAUUGCAACAGGAGAUCUGAUUAUCUUAACGAGCACUAAUGGUUGCAGCUACCUACAUUGUUCAGGCCCAGUAUUUGUCUUGCUGAUCUCCUGCAACAGUGAAUUACUCUGGUUUCUAGCACAUCUUUAAAGCACAUCACCCUAAUGUCCAAUGCUGUUGAUUUGCUGCAUAAAACAGUAUUUCCGCAAUUUAAUGCUAGUUGUGCUGGUUUAGCUGGGUGUACCUUUGUCAUAUUAUAGGACAGAGGUGAAGGAAGGAUCAAUCAGUUCUCAAUGGUCUUCAGAUGUUGUUUGAAUGGGUCAAGUAUCUUAACAUCCAAUCUCUACUAUAACUUCCAGUAACUCCCAUAACCUUUAAAUACAUGUGUAUAAGCUUUUUUGGAACUUUUCCAUUUCUAUUUUAUAGUCCAUCUGAAGAAACCCAAAUUAGAUUUCCAAAUUAAGACUUCUUGUUCUAAAACUGUGCUUAGAUUAAGUGAUGCUUGUGCCGUGAAGGACAGACACAAAAAAAAGAUGGUGUGAUCUUAGCAGUUUAACACAACAUGCCUCUCCUUUCUUAUGCCUGGUUACUAGGAGGGAAGGUAGUAUUCCCCUUGAUCUGCAAUCUUCUCUCCAGCUGCUUAUAUGAUGGGGAUAUAUGAGUGAUUACUCUGUUUUCCAUCCAUCAGAUCAGGUAAGAAGCACCAGGAAAAUCCAUAAUUCCAUAAAUUGCCUCUGAUCCAGAUAAGGUAUAACUUUGCAAUGUCAUUUUCUGUUUUAAUGCUAGCAUAUAAGCACUACACUGGUUCUGCCUGGUUCAUAGACUACCAAUGAGAUUGCACAUUAGUCCAAAACCUCUUUGUAAGUAAUACCCAUUUUUUUUGCUUGAUCCCAGAAGUGGGGCCCCUACUGCCAAGAAUUUGAAACACUAGGUAUAAUAAUUGCACUUAAACCUCCUCCUCCCCCCAACCAAUACUGAUCUCUGUAGAAGUGAUCUUUAUUCAUGGAUCUGAUAGCACUCAACAAUCCAUACAGCAAAGCCACAUCCAAAUAGCAUAGUUCUUCACUCGCACAUGCCGAACAAGGAAAAUUCAGUCCAUAACUUACUCUGCCUUUCCUAAAUAUACGGACCAAAGUGAUAGACACAUUAGACACCCAUAAUAGAUGCAUACAUGCAAAGAGUGGCUUCUCUUCUUCCCAGGGAUGUCCCACUGCCAUUAGUAGGAAGUACACCAAAAAACAGUACAAGGACCAGGUUUAAUCACACUUCUGUUUUGAAGUUUUGGGUUUUGAUUUUGUUUUAAAACUUACUCUAGUUGAAAUUAAUACCAAAGAUAUACUGUGACUGAAAGAUUAGAGAAAAUUGUCUUUGUUUUUGCUUUGUGCAGUUGCCAGGGCUACUGAGGAAACAGUGAAACAAGUAGGGCUUAAGUGUUAUGUAAUGGCCUGUUGUAUAAUCUUGGGCAAGUCACUACAUCCCUGUGCUUUUCCUUUCCACCCCUUCUCUGUUCUAUUUAAGAUUAUAAAUUCUCUGGGGCGGAAGCUAUCAUUAGGUUUGUAAGGGCUGAGCACAAUGGGGCUCUGAUCUCAGUUGAGACCUCUACAGUAUAAUAUAUUACAAUACAUAUACAAAUAUCAAGUUGUAUAUGUGAGUAACCUUACUUAUGUGAGUAGCCCCAUUAACUAAUUAGUUCCUCCUGUUAAAUCUACUGAACUAUUUUUUUUAAAAAAAUUGCCUGUUUCAAGAUGGCAAUGCCCUUUUAACUAGUUAAGAUGAGAAGUUUUAUUCCUAACUCUAAAAAUAUUCUUGCAUUUGUAAGUUCAAGUCAGAGACUUAACACUGUUUUAAUUUGUAACUACUGUUUUUUUAAUCCAUAGAAUAAGACAGCUGCAAAAGCUGCUUCAAAACUAGUCACCUCGAUGCAUCUAUUAAGGUUCAGUUAAGUUUGUGUUUUAUUGCUAAUGCAUUUAGUUGUGCAUGAUCUCAUUUCGAAUAAAGAGCUUUAAAUUUCCUUAAUGUGAUGAACCUGUGUAGCUGAUACUACAGUAAAAAUAUUUCUAUGAAACAAAGCUACUGGCAAGUAACAUUAGUAACUCUGGGUAUAAUUUAUAUUUUUUUCUCUGCUUGUACCAAAAAUGUUUAAUCAAUUUAAAAGUGUCAAAUAUCUUAAAGCCGGUAUGUUGACUUUAUAUAUAAAACCAGUUAAGGGUAUUUUUAAGAUUAAAAAAACCACAAAGCUGAUUGUCACGUUGUGAUCUGGCAGGGAACACACAAGGUGCCAGAAUAAAGGUAUUAAAGCAGCAUAUAGUAUAUAAAACUAGACUCCUUUCAAUUAAGAAUUUUUGGGGAAAUGGCUUUAAAAAAGGAUCUAGCUAGCUUAAAAAAAAAAAAACACAGCUGGGUGAUUUAAC